AUGGCUUCCCCAUUAGAUUCGGCCACGUCCCGGCCCUCUUCGGGCGUGUCGAGCGUGAUCUCUCCUCCACAAAGAAUUCCGUCCCGCUCGAGGACACAGAGCAUAUCUAGCGAUCGACCAUCGACUGUCGCCUACAGCAUGAUGUCGCCUCCGCUCUCAGUGUCACCCGAGCCGGCCUUUAUCGCUGCGUCGGCCGCUUCACAGAUUGUCACCAACGACCAUGACAGCCAUGCCGAAACAUGGUACGACCAGCAUGGCAUCGAGCCGUCCGGCGAGACGGCAGCCGUCUCGCCGGGCGCCUUGCAGCUGGUCAACAACUUUUUGGACCAGCUCCUCUUCAACUUCCUCUCCGUCUCGCGCGCCACUACCCUCUCCGCCCUGCGUCCGGCCGUGUCCGACGUCCUGAAGCCCAAACUCGCAAAAGAUGCCAUUAACCAGGCAGAUGAGGAGUUGCGCGAGUAUCUUGGUGGGGAUGACGAAGACAGCGGCCACACCCAGGUAUCGACUGACUGGGAUCUGGAGUUGGCCUGGAAGAGGACACGCCUUCGCUGCAUGGUGUAUUCGUCCCUUGGAGAUCUGGAGGAGGAGGAUGAGGACUACUACAUGGAGCAGGGCCACCUCGACACCGGGCCCGAGGACCGCUUUGCGGAAGCCGUCUCGCCUGCCGUCGCCAUUUUCUUGACCUCCAUCUUGGAGUUCAUGGGCGAGCAAGCGUUGAUUGUCGCCGGUCAAGCUGCGUACCACCGCAUGCGCUCCAAGUACGAAAAGGAGCUCAAGGAAGGCGCACGAACCGCUACCGGCAUUGCCGACAUGAUCGUCGUCGAAGAGCUCGACAUGGAACGUGUUGCACUGGACCGGACCCUCGGCCGGUUAUGGAGAUCGUGGAAAAAGAAAAUCCGCUCGCCUGUCAUUGCCUCGAUGGACCGUUUGAACCGAUCCUAUUCUCGGGACUCCUUGCGCUCCGCAUCUGGUCAUAUGUGCUCACCCAGCAGCGCUGCUGAACUCGGUGUUCCGGCUACGGUCCCUGAGCCCCACACAGAAACAGAAUUGGAGAGGAGCGACAGUGCGAAUCAGGAUUGGGACCCUCAGGGGCCCUUGGAAGAGAGUCUGAUUGCUGCCGGCAUUCCCUUGCCCAUGGGCCCCAAUGACGUCGCGGAAAUCGAAAUGCCUGGCCUAGCGCUUCACAGGGACGACGAGACCGAGGAGGACGGUGCUCAGGAAGAAAGCGCGCGCGUGCGGCCAAGAAGUCUGACUUUACUGCCACGGAGCAACGCCCACGAUCUGCUCACGCUCAAGCCGUCUACACUGCAGCUCCUUAGGAGACGCUCAAACUCGCUGCCAAUCCCUGCUCGUCCUCGUCAUGUCACGCCUUCAGAAGUCCAGGUUGACCAACCCGUCAAGGAGCCGGCGGAGGUUUCUGAGCCGGCCCAAGCCGGCCCAGCGGACUCGCCUGCGGAAAGCCGACCCGGAGACAUUGCGGACGCAGAGUCUGACCUUGGCACUGGGGAACACGUCACGGAGGAAGAUGAACUCAAGGAUGAGGACGACGACGAAGUUUCUAUUGAAGAGCCCCGGAUUGUCAGGUCCUCAAGGGUUUCAAUUCUGGGACGCAGCCCGUCGACUGCGUCUUCUGAGCAUGGAAAGCCUGCCGCUAUUAACACAAGCCUGCCGGUUCGCACACCGAGCAUCCAUUCUGCGCGACUGAUUGAUGUGACUAGCCCGCGUAGCCCAGUGCCUGGUUCGCGACGCAGCUCGGUCGCCGUUUCCGACCCAGCCCGCCACUCCAGUCCGUCUGGGACCACGCGCGCCAUGACUCCGCCCGUUUCAGAAGAUCGGCCAGAGCCCUCUUUCGACGGCAGCUCAGGGGGUAGAUCGGCCGUCCAUCACGGAGCCAAGUCAGGACUCGCGGCGAGCGUGUCUAUCUCGGAGAUGGAACAGCACGCCGCCGAAAACGAUAUUGCUUCAGCAUCAGGUCCUGUCACUUCUGCCACUCAAGCAGGCGCCAGCCUGCCAGCCGCCCCGGAACCAGUGGUCAAGGAGCAGGAUGGGCCGGCUGAAUCUGCUGUUCAAGGCCACGUCCGAGAGCUUUCAACGCCUCCCAAGGCGAUGGCGAAAACAACCGUAUUUCCCGCUCCAUGCUCUCCAGUGUCCCCUGCAUCCACAGCUAGCAGCAGCUUCUUCAUUGAAACGAUGCCGGUUUUGCCGGAGGGGAUGGAAGCCCUAGAACAAUCUCGGGCAGGUGGUCAGCGAUAUCGUUCGUCGCCAACUGAACAGCUCCCGGCUGUCCCCGAAAAGAGUAUUGGGAGGCAAACGAUCGCCAACACGUCGGCCUUGCGGCAGCCAGCAGCUAUCGGCCAGGUGUCGGUGGAACGUUCCCGCGCUCGCAGCCUCUCGCAGGAAUCCUCGACUCAACCUCGUGAGCAGUCAGCGGGACGAACUCGGCAGCAAACGUCCUCUAGCUCUCCUUCGUCAACCAAGCUGAAGCCGGUACGGGCUUCUGAGGAGGGCGUGCAAGCUCGUAUUGACGUAGUGCGGGAUUUCGAGGAACUUAUCCAGAGUGACGAAACCAUACAGUACACUUUGACGCCAGAAAGCAUGCGCGACUUCGAUCUGCAGUCUCAGUCUACACGGUCCGUUGCCGCUGGUGGCUCAGCUGUCUCCGUCAAGACGAGGAAGAGCGAAGAAGCUCGCCAGGGCGGGUCACGCUCACGUUCGUCGUCGUCUCCGCGAAGCGAGACCAAGCCGCGCUCGUCUGGGUCAGGGUCGAGUUCCGUCACCGACACACAUCAAGCCAACCGAAACUUCACCAGCGCCACAGGCAAGCAUGGCGGUGUUGUACCACGGUCUCUCCCUCCUGUGCCGUCGAACCCGCGCGCCACCAGCGGGCCUCAGCCCAGAGAUGCCAAGUUACCUCGUGAAUCUGUUGCCGAGCUUGCUGAGUUCAUCCGCUCCACCGGGCCUGCUGGCGGAGUCACAGGGUCUGCGGCGUCCGUGGGACCGGGGAGGAUACGAAACCAAGGCUCUGUCUCCAACAUCAGCAUCUCGACUGGCAGGAUGUCCACUACGAGCAAUCCGAACCGGCCAAAGUACCAGGCUCGCGGAGCUACGGUUGACUACAGGGACGAUAACUCAGACUUGAUUGACUUCAUCCGGCGCGGGCCACCGAACGGCUCCGGUAACCCCCGUAUUCCGAGAGCCAUUGCUCCCUUCCGAACCACCAUGGACUCUGAUCAACUGUCUGGUGUUGCGAUUGGAGGCAGAGCGGUAGAUGCCCAGUUGCGCGAUGGCGAGUUCCGGAGUAGCCCGGCCUCCACCCACGUCACCGAGUCGUCGGUGCCUCCGUCAGUCCAGUCGUCCAUCAACUCGCACAGUGCUCUGCUUGCCAGAAACAAUCCCACGUCCUACGACGCAAUGGACGACGACGACAUGCCCAUGCCGAAACGUAAAACUCGCCGGGUGCGCGACCCGUACGCCAUCGAUCUAAGCGACGAGGAAGAGCUUGAAGACGAUGAUGAGUUGACGCCAAUGCCGCCCAAGAAGAGAGCGCCGGCAAAGGAGGAGAGCCUGAUUGACUUUCUGAAUAACUGCCCGCCGCCACAAGACCCGACCGUCCAGCCACUUAACAUCGUGCAAACACGGAGUUUGAAUAACAACAACUUGAAGCCAAAGAAAAAGGCCAGCGCACCGAGCUUGAUGGCCCGCUUCACGAGGUGGGACAGCAGCGCACAACAACAACAACAACCGGGCGCGUUGGUAUCAGCAAAGCGUCCCUCAAGCCCCAAAGUGUCCGAGUCUGCUCGGGGCCUGAACAGCCGGGCCGGCGGCGGCGGCGGCAGUGGCGGAAAGGGAGGGCACGUCCCGAUUCAAGUGAACAUACCCGGAGGUGUUGGGGGGGUGGACCAGUAUGCGCCACCGAUCCGCACCUCGUCCAAGGUGGCUGCCACGCUGGGAGGAGGCGGGCCAAGUCCAGGCCUAGCAGCAGCAGGUUCCUCCCAUGUUGGAGGAGGAGGAAGAGGACCACGGGUGCCGAUGAAGAGGUUUGAGCCGCGGGAGGCGGUCUCGGUGUCGAAUCGGACCGCGACGUCGGAUUUGGCUGAUUUCUUGAAACAUUCGGGGCCGCCUGGUGGUGGGGCGACUGUGGUGAUGUGGCGGGAUAGUGGGGAUGUCAUAUUUUUCGAGACUCUUUUGGGAUGA